AGCCUGGGAGGAGAGGCAGGUGGCUGGGGUGGGGCGACCAGCAGCUGUGAGUCCUGAAGAGGAGGGCCAGGCUGGGGACAAAGCCACAACACAGAGGCCACGGUGAAUGGACAGGUUCGCGCUGCUGGGGAGUGGGCUUCUCCCCCCAGGUCAGGACCAGGCCUUUACUACGCCUCCACCUAUCCUGGCAGCUGCGCCCGGCUCUCCAGAUUCAAUCUUCCCAGCCCCCUCAUCCAGCUGACAGCUGGUUACUCAUUGAACUCAGUGUGAAGGGAGAGGCCAGCGGUAAUCGUCUCGGCCAAAGUGCCUUUGUAAUCACCUUCCCAGCACCAGUGUGGCUCCUUACAAUCCUGAUCUGGCUCUUGUGCGCACAGGCAGCCAGGUGGACAGGCUCUGAGCUGUGGUGGACGCAGGCAGGACGCAAUGUGGAGCGGCUGGUGGCUGUGGCCCCUGGUGGCUGUCUGCACUGCUGACAUAUUCCGGGAUCAAGCAGAGAGGAUCAUGCAAGACACACCCGUCAUCGAUGGGCACAACGACCUGCCCUGGCAGCUGCUGAAAAACUUCAACAACCAACUGCAGGAUGAGAGAGCAGACCUGAACACUCUGGCCAGCACGCACACCAACAUCCCCAAGCUGAGGGCUGGCUUUGUGGGUGGCCAGUUCUGGUCUGCGUACACUCCGUGUGACACCCAAAACAAAGACACCGUGAAGAGGACGCUAGAGCAGAUAGAUGUCAUCCAUCGGAUGUGCCAGUUGUACCCGGAGGCCUUCAUGUGCGUCACCAACAGCUCAGGCAUCCGGCAGGCCUUCCAGGAGAAGAAGGUGGCCAGUCUCAUUGGCGUGGAGGGAGGCCACUCCAUCGAUAGCAGCCUGGGUGUCUUGAGGACGCUGUAUCACUUGGGCAUGCGCUACCUGACCCUCACUCACAACUGCAACACGCCCUGGGCCGACAACUGGCUGGUGGACACAGGAACGGAUGAUGCCCAGAGCCAAGGUCUGUCACCUUUUGGGAAGGUGGUACUGAAGGAAAUGAACCGCCUGGGCAUCAUGGUUGACCUGGCCCACGUGUCCGUGGCCACCAUGUGGGCUGUCCUCAACCACUCGUCGGCUCCCGUCAUCUUCAGCCACUCCUCGUCCUAUACAAUAUGUCAACACCGGCGCAAUGUGCCUGACGACGUGCUGCAGCGGGUGAAGCAGACGGGCAGCUUGGUGAUGGUGAACUUCUACAAUGACUACGUGUCCUGCAAAGACAAGGCCAACCUCUCUCAAGUAGCAGACCACCUGGACCACAUCAAGAAGGUGGCAGGUGCCGAAGCAGUGGGCUUCGGUGGGGACUUCGAUGGUGUUACGAGGCUGCCUACUGGCCUGGAGGACGUCUCCAAGUACCCAGACCUGGUUGCCGAGCUGUUGAGGAGGAACUGGACAGAGACAGAGGUCAGGGGUGCCUUGGCCAACAACCUGUUGAGGGUCUUUGAAGCAGUGGAGCAGGUGAGCCAUCACACACAAAAACCUGAGGAGGAGCCCAUUGAACUGGACGAGCUGGAAGGUUCCUGCAGGACCCAGUAUGGCUACUCAGCUGCCCCUGGCGUCCAUCAAAAGUGGGGGAUCCUGCUGGCUGCCCUCGCCCCCUUCCUGCUCAGCUGGUGCCAGUAACUGAGGCCCUGGGGACCGGAAACUGCCCGCGGGGUCCUGGAGCUGAUGCUGGUUGAUCUGGGGGCCUGAGACCCCGUGGCCCCACUCCCCACCCAUGAGGCUGGCUUCCCCAAGCUCAGGAUGCUGGAUGCGUGGGACCCUCAAUAAAGGCACUGCCCCUUUAAGUCCUGAGGGUGUGUGUCAUCAGUGCCUGCCCUGAGCAGGG